AUUCCGGGCUCUGAGCCGCUCUUGGAGCCCCCGCGUGCUUUCGGCAGCUACUCUCCCGGCUCCGGCGCUUCCCGGAGCGCCCCUGCGAGGAGGUCCUCCUAGGCGACUGGGCACGAAGACGCAGAGGGGAGCGCUCGGUUGGCGCGGCCGUGGGGCGCUCCGAGGGCUUGCAGGGGCCGGGGCGCCCCCUCGCGCGGUCCCGGGUUAAACUUGGUGACAAUGCAUAUUUCAACUUCGGAGAUCCCUCGUUUUAAGAUGGAAAUGAAAGCCCAGGUUUCUGGCUUGGCCGUCCGUCCGGGGACCCAGCAGCCGCGAGCAUCUCCCCCCUUUUCUGGACGGAAGGCCGGGUCCCGGGACUGUGCCUCUGACGUCAGGGAGCUGGUGGCCUGCCUGCUGUAGGAAGAAGCACAUUGCACAGUGGACACCGCCGCGCAGCAUGGUUGCUUGAGACCGAAGAUCAGCAGUUGCUGGUAAAACUGGAGGAAGGAAUAUGAAACCGUAGCAGUUCACCCAGGAAGAGAGUUUGAAGAUGGCGGCUCAGCGGAUCCGAGCUGCCAACUCCAGCGGCCUCCCGCGGUGCAAGUCCGAGGGGACCUUGAUUGACCUGAGCGAAGGGUUUCCAGAAACAAGCUUCAACGAUGUCAGAGUGCCUUCUCCCAGUGCCUUGCUAGGAGACAAUCCCACACCUUUUGGAAACGCGAAGGAAGUGAUCGCAAUCAAGGACUACUGCCCCAACAACUUCACCACCCUGAAGUUCUCCAAGGGUGACCAUCUCUACGUCUUGGACACCUCAGGCGGGGAGUGGUGGUAUGCGCACAACACCACGGAGAUGGGCUACAUCCCAUCCUCCUAUGUGCAGCCCUUAAACUACCGGAACUCCACGUUAAGUGACAGUGGGAUGAUUGACAACCUUCCCGACAGCCCAGACGAAGUAGCCAAGGAGUUAGAUUUGCUCGGAGGAUGGACGGAUGACAAGAAGGGAUUGGGAAAAACCUACAGUAACAACCCUUUCUGGAAUGGGGUCCACACAAACCCAUUUCUGAACGGGAACGUGCCGGCGAUGCCCGGCGGAGAUGAGCUGGCGCCCAGGAGUACUGUGGAUUUGCUGCUCUUCGACACAGGCCCGUCCUCCUUCACUGAGUCCAGCCUGGCCACCACGAGCAGCACCGGCAACAUCUUGGACGAGCUGCCAGCCGCAAAUCAACUCCAGGCCGAGCCGCCGGUCAAGCGGGACAACCCCUUUUUCAGAAGUAAACGUUCCUACAGCCUGUCGGAACUCUCCGUGCUCCAAGCCAAGUCCGACGCGCCUGCGUCUUCGGGGUUUUUCACGGGCUUGAAGUCACCGGCCCCCGAGCAAUUCCAGAGCCGGGAGGACUUCCGAGCUGCCUGGCUGAGUCAUCGGAAGUUGGCCCGGUCUUGCCACGACCUGGACCUGCUGGGCCAAAGCCCCGGGUGGGGCCAGACCCAGGCAGUGGAGACAAACAUUGUGUGCAAGCUGGAUCACUGCGGGGGCUCUGUGCAGCUGCCCGACACCAGCAUCAGCAUUCACGUGCCCGAGGGCCACGUGGCUCCGGGGGACACGCAGCAGAUCGCCAUGAAAGCGCUGCUGGACCCCCCCUUGGAGCUCAACAGUGACAGGUGCUGUAGCAUCAGCCCCGUGCUGGAGGUGAAACUGAGCACCCUGGAGGUGAAAACCUUUAUCAUCUUGGAGAUGAAAGUUUCGGCCGAGGUGAAAAACGACAUUUUUAGCAAAAGCACAGUGGGCCUCCAGUGCCUGAGGAGCGACUUAAAGGAAGGGCCGUAUGUCCCCAUCCCACUCACCUACAGCUACGGGGACACGGUCCAGGUGCACCUGGACAACCUGGAGCCCUGUAUGUACCUGGCCAUUGUCGCCCACGGUCCAAACAUUCUCUACCCUUCCACCGUAUGGGACUUCAUCAGUAAGAAGAUCACAGUGGGUCUCUACGGCCCCAAACACAUUCAUCCGUCCUUCAAGACCGUGGUGACCAUUUUUGGGCACGAUUGUGCCCCGAAAACUCUGCUGGUCAGCGAGGUCACCCGUCAGGCCCCGAGCCCUGCGCCAGUGGCCCUGCAGCUCUGGGGCAAGCACCAGUUCGUCCUGUCCCGGCCCCAGGACCUCCAAGUCUGCAUGUUUUCCAACAUGACCCAUUACGAGGUCAAAGCCGGCGAGCAGGCCAAAGUCGUGAGGGGCUUCCAAGUGAAGCUGGGCAAGGUGGGCCGCCUCGUCUUCCCCAUCAGCUGCCGGAACCCCAGCGAGCUCUCGGACUUCACCCUGCGGGUCCAGGUGAAAGACGACCAGGAGGCCAUCCUGACCCAGUUCUGCGUCCAGACUCCCCAACCACCCCCCAAAAGUGCCGUCAAGCCGUCCGGGCAGAGACGGUUUCUCAAGAAGAACGAGGUCGGGAAAAUCAUCCUGUCCCCGUUUGCUGCCACCACCAAGUACCCAACCUUCCAGGACCGCCCGGUGUCCAGCCUCAAGUUCGGCAAGUUGCUCAAGACCGUGGUCCGGCAGAGCAAGAACCACUACCUGCUGGAGUACAAGAAGGGCGACGCCAUCGCCCUGCUCAGCGAGGAGAAGAUCCGCCUGAAGGGGCAGCUGUGGACCAAGGAGUGGUACAUCGGCUACCACCAGGGGAAGGUGGGCCUGGUGCACGCCAAGAACGUGCUUGUGGUGGGCAGGGCCAGGCCCAGCCUGCUCUCCGGGCCCGAGCUGAGCACGUCGCUGCUGCUGGAGCAGAUCCUGCGGCCUUGCAAGUUCCUCACCUACAUCUACGCCUCCGUGCGGACCCUGCUCAUGGAGAACAUCAGCAGCUGGCGCUCCUUCGCCGACGCCCUGGGCUACGGGAACCUCCCGCUCACCUUUUUCUGCCGCGCGGAGCUCGACAGCGAGCCGGAGCGGGUGGCGUCUGUCCUGGAGAAACUGAAGGAGGACUGUAACAACGCGGAGAGCAAAGACCGGAAGUCCUUCCAGAAGGAGCUCAUGAUGGCCUUACUGAAGUUGGACUGCCAGGGCCUGGUGGUCAGACUCAUCCAGGACUUUGUGCUGCUGACCACGGCCGUCGAGGUGGCGCAGCGCUGGAGGGAGCUGGCCGAGAAGCUGGCCAAGGUGUCCAAGCAGCAGAUGGACGCGUACGAGUCUCCCCACCGGGACAGGAACGGGGUCGUGGACAGCGAGGCCAUGUGGAAGCCGGCGUAUGACUUUUUACUCACCUGGAGCCACCAGGUUGGGGACAGCUACCGGGAUGUCAUCCAGGAGCUGCACACAGGCCUGGACAGGAUGAAGAACCCCAUCACCAAGCGCUGGAAACACCUCACGGGGACGCUAAUCCUGGUGAACUCCCUGGACGUUCUGCGAGCAGCUGCCUUCAGCCCUGCGGACCAGGACGACUUCGUGAUUUGAACGGGUCCCCCCCACCUGCUGCUGCUCUGGGGCGCGCGUCCUCCAACGGUCCUGGGUGCCCGUCACGUGGAGUCACUGCUCAGACACAUCCAGGGUCACUCCGGGCGGAGCCGCACCCCAGGACCAAGCACAUGCCAUGCUCCACCUGCUGCCGCCACGGCGGGGCGGCCUGAAGGGAAUUUCUACUGCAGGUCAUUGCCAAUCAAAUAGCUUUCUAUUUGUUGAGUAUACGUUUAAAUUUAAAGUCACUUUUUUAAAGUAUGGUGGGGAGGGGACCUAUGCGAAAGGUGGUAUCUAACUUUUUUAAUGGCGCGUAAAGAUUAAAAACAAAAAAAACUUUAGGGGCCGAUGCUGUUGAGGUUUUUAUGUUCUAGAAAGACCUUUUUAAAUUAUGUGACAGAUGUAUAUAUGUAUUUAAAAGUCACUGGGGGCAUUUCUUAUUCCCAGACACACCUGGCAUUUCAGCACCUCGCGCCGGAAGCUGCGCGUUGGAGUGUUGCUUCUCGUCUACUCCAUGCUCGUCAAAGAGUCAAUCACGUAGGAACCAUGGUUUCUCAGUCAGUCAGUCCCGCUCAGGCGCAUGCUCUCUGCGAGCUCCCUGGGUCCUGCUCUCCCCUCUUAUUUUUAUUGUUUCCCGUCCCUUUGCCUCAUGGUGCAGUAAAUGACGAGCCACGGCGCACAGGGACCUUCUUGUGGGCAACACUGAGUCCCCCGCGAGUAAUGGGUGCCGGUCCCCACCUGUGUGCAGUUAGUCACUCAAAAGGAACGAUGCCCGGUUGCGAGUGAGGUGGUCCUACCGGCUAAGGCGCCACCGUCCUGUGUCUCCCUGGGGGCGGGGCAGUGCUCCCGGUGGACACGAAGGAAACUUCACCGCAAGGGACACCCUGUGCUGAUGUGCAAGUGUGCUGCUGCCAUGUGCCAAACUCCGCUUCAUUUCAUCUACAAUGUCACCCCCCCCCCGCCUUCCUGGUGUGUCCCAUGUCUCCUUGGAAUUGAAUGGUAUCAGGAAGCCAUUUUUAUUUAUAAUAUAGAUUACCUGAGCAGGAGGAACAUUCUGAAAAUGAAAAUAUUUCCCACGUAAAACCUGGGACUUGGCAGAGUGUCGUGUUGGUAACCUCUCUGGUUGUAGGCCAACUGGCUGUGUUGCCUUCUACACUGGCAUCGUAGCUGUGGCAUCGUGCAAAGAAUAAGGGACAGAACUGAAGAAAUAUCUGGCAGAUCCACAGAGUUGGUCCCCAGGAGUGUGCCAGGACACACACUGUGCUCGUAUGAGGUGAUGUUGGGCCACUUGGGGUCCCAAAUCUCAUUCUCUAAGUCUGCUUUCUUGAAACACAUUAAUUAGUCUAAUCAAUGCAUAACCCUGAUUGGGCUGAGACAUUCUUUUAUCUCUGUUGAUUCACUUACUGAGGGUCAGCUGGCUAGAAAAAAACAACACAAUAAAAACCACUAUUUUAUGCUGCAAGAACCAAGACACACGAUUCCCCAAUCAUCACACGAAAUCACCUUAAAUUCUGCUUUCGACUGUCCGCCUUCGUUCUUUCCAGAGAUCAUCUCUCACCUUUUCCCCAAAGAAGAAACAAAACCAGUUGCACCUUAAACCAUGGAUAUUUUUCCUCAGGGGAUUAAAAUAGUUUCCUAUGCAACAUGUCUUGUAGCACAAAUUAAAUUCUACAAAAGUUGCAGUAAAUUUUAUUUGGAUAUUUUAA